UCCACGCCAGUAAGUUAUUAUUGUAGACUGGCAGCGGCGUUAGGUGCUCCUUAAUCUGCUGAAAUCGCCCUGCAGGAUUUCGCUCUGUAGCUGUGAUAUCAAAACAAAAAUAGAUUUCCGGUGGUCUGAUUCCACUGGAACGACUGCCUGCAUUUUUAAAAUUGAGGCAGUAAACACGGAUUGAUUUCAUCAAAUGGUGGAAUGCCGCUCCAGCUGCUGGAAGUUCCAGUUUAAUGCGCUGAAGGAGACCGAAGGGAAGGAAGAAAGGAAGGGGAGAAUUAUUUCUUUCGCACCGAAGUGGUUUGAGGUCUCUGCCCAAAGGGAGCUAUGAGUGAUUACGCUGGAGGAAAACGUUUGUAUCCCUCUGUGGUGUGAGCAUGAGGUGUCCCUCUCAUCUGGGAUGCAGGCACUGAGGUCCCACGGCUCGAGGCAAGGAAGAUGCUCCAAACCAGCAACUAUAGCCUGGUGCUUUCCUUGCAGUUCCUACUGCUGUUCUAUGACCUCUUUGUCAACUCUUUCUCGGAGUUGCUGCGCAUGGCGCCCGUCAUCCAGCUUGUGCUUUUCAUCAUUCAGGAUAUUGCCAUCCUCUUCAAUGUCAUCAUCAUCUUCCUCAUGUUCUUCAAUACCUUCGUCUUCCAGGCUGGCCUGGUUAAUCUUCUGUUCCAGAAAUUUAAAGGGACCAUUGUCCUGUCAGCAGCAUACCUUGCUUUGAGCAUAUCCUUCCACAUCUGGGUCAUGAACCUCCGCUGGAAAAAUUCCAACUAUUUUGUGUGGACAGAUGGGCUGCAGACUCUUUUUGUUUUCCAGAGAAUGGUGGCUGUGCUGUACUACUACUUCUAUAAGAGGACGGCUGUGCAGUUGGGAGAUCCCCGUUUCUACCAGGACUCUCUUUGGCUACGGAAAGAGUUUGCACAAGCGCACAGUUGACAGCUGCUUCUGAAUCAUUUGGAGCAGAGGCCAGCUUGCUAGAAUGUCCACAGAGAUUUUACCAAUAUCUUGCAGCAAGUUCCCCUCCUCCCACUACAAUUGUCUCCUACAGUCAAGUUCUAAAUCUCAUGUGAUCAAAUGACUUCAUCCCUUUCCUACAUUCGUGCACAUUAGGCUCCCAUAAAUGAAACUGCUCUUUUGUGGAUACCCUGCUUGCUACUAUAUGCUUCUCAGUCUCCAAGCACUCCACAAUCCUCCUUUCAGUUCAGCAAACUGCACUCUGGAUUUGGCUGCAGCCUUACUGAGGAACGAUUUGAAGUGCCAAACAGAUUUGGCUGAGAACUCCCACUGAGUAGCAAUGCUGCAUUUUCCUCCUUGAGAAUAUUUCCAUGCCCUAAACUCCCCGUGACAGAAAAGGAUUCCUGCCUUCACUAGUACCUCUGACAGUGUGACAAGGCAUAAAGACUAUGGUUUGGCUUUGCAGUAUUCAGCCUGAGCAAAUGUACUCUCAUUGACUUGUUAGAUUCCCCUUUUGUACUUUCAUUUUUAUACUGUAAAUGGUGAGAAAAUAAAUUGGCUCUUUUUCAGAAACCAUAGAGUGGUGAUCUUGCUUUAUUGUUUUUCCUCUGGUGUGUGGUAAUAAAAGGGUGUUCUUUCCAUUCCAAGGCUUGAUUAUUACCACCAGUUCUCUGGGUUGUGCUGUUGAGGUAUUAAAAAUAAACCAUAUAAUUUAGUAACAUGCCAAUAGGAAAGAAAUGGAUGUUUUCGUUAGGCUGGGCAUGCGUGUGGUUUAGAGUAAGGUAAUGAAAUUCACAGAAAAAAUAAACACUGAGGGGGAACAGCUUGUUCCUAAAGCGCAAUACCCAGGAAAUCUUGUACUGUACCUGUACUCUAAAAUGUGGGGCAAGACUCCUAACAGUAGAAUUAAUUGUGGAAAGCUGUGGGCCUUUGAUAGAAUAAUAAAAAUGCUUUCGAGGGCAGGAUGUGAUGCUGGGUAACUUGUUAAGUGGUAGAUUUGCGAGUGGAUUUUCGGAGCUAUACGAGCUAGGUGCCAUUUGGGCCAUGUGAACUGAGCAAUCCGAGGUGCUUUGUAUGAUGUGCGUGUGUGUAUGUUGUCUCCACUUCCUGAUAAAAAAGCACUUGUGAAAUCUAAAAUAAAAAUGUGCGUGUAAGGAAAGGGCGGAAGAAAAACUGGGGCCGUUACACAACAAGCAAAGAAAUAGGUGUCGCUCCUUGUCAGUAGGCGAGAGAACGAGAGAAUUCAUGGGUUACCAUGGAGACGAGGUGACGCUGUCUCCGCUCGGAAUCUGGCCCUCCGCCCCAAAGAGACGCGGUUCGAUAUUCGGUAUCGAAUGGAGCUUUUUGCCUUUCUAACGGGUCUUCCGGCACAAAGAGGCUCCGCUCUGUGUCCAUUCGGUCUAACGUGCUGGUUGCGAGCGAGCGAGGGAGCGCUUAGCC